UCUCUUGUCUUUUGCGGUGUCGCUGAGUUUUGGCCAACAUUUCGGAUCAAGCCGUCGCGCAAAUGGCGGAACAAAACGUCGACUUGCCGCUGCCCGAGGCGCCGUGCCUCGCGGCCGUCGGAGAGGAAGCAACAGCGGCAGCCGCUGCAGAUGCGCGGGCCGGCCAACAGCUGAGUUCAUGCACCGCUAAAAAAAUGUGCCCCUGGGGCUGCCCCCAGCUGGAGGCGGAGCCGAUCUUGGACAACACACAGCUGCUGGAGUUUCAGGUGCGCAGUCGCGACAUCGACUGGAAGCUCUAUGUGCGGCCGCUGGAUGUACAGGUGCGCGGGGAGGCCGUCUACCUGGACAGGCAGUCGGACUUGCUGAGCAACCAUCGGCGCAGAAGCGCGCGGCGCGAGUUGCUCGUCUGCCACGACAUGAUGGGCAACUACUUGACGGAUCGGCACUACCACAGCUCGCAGAAGUACGACGAUUACCGCUUCUUGCACUGGUCCGCCGUCGACUACUUCUGCUACUUCAGUCACAACUACGUGACCAUUCCGCCGAGCGGCUGGCUGAACGCCGCCCAUCGCCACGGCGUCCCCGUCCUGGGCACCUACAUAGUCGAGGGCAGCACCGGCAGUAAGCUGCUCCACGAAGUCCUCGCCAGCGCCGAGAGCGUCCACCGCGCGGUCACUGCCAUGACGCGUCUCUGCCUCCACUUCGGCUUCGAAGGCUGGCUGGUGAAUGUCGAGUGCCAGGUGCUCCCCAAGGCAAUGCCCAAUCUCUACCUGUUUGUGGAGGAGCUGCGCCGCCUGACCGAGGCGCAGGUGCCGAGCGGACGCGUCUUCUGGUACGACAGCGUCGUCAGCAGCGGCAACCUGCAGUGGCAGAACGAGCUGAACGAGCGCAACGUGCGGUUCUUCCGGGCCAGCCACGGCACCCUGGUCAACUACUCGUGGGACGAUCGCAGCCUGGCCAACAGCGAGGCGACCAUUCAACGCGAGGGGGCGCCGCCGCACCGCCUGUUCAUGGGCCUGGACGUGUUUGGGCGCGGCCAGCUGGGGCGUUUCCGCAGCGCCCAGACCUUGGCCAGGAUUGCGGCGCGCGGCUUCUCCGCGGGCAUCUUCGCGCCCGCCUGGUGCUUCGAGACCCUGCAGCAGUUCAACUACAACAUACGCGACAGCAGCGGCGACGAGUCGGUGAACGCCGCCUUCCUGCUCAGGAACGAGUACUGGUGGGCCCGGCUGUGGCCCAGCCUGGCCACUCAUCCCUAUCGCCGGCUGCCCUUCUACACGAACUUCUGCGUGGGCUCGGGCCGCAACAGCUUCGAGUGCGGCGCCCGCCAACGCACCGGCCAGCCGUUCUUCAAUUUGGCGCGCCAGGAGCUGCAGCCGUCGGUGCCGCUGGGCGGGAAUGCGGAGCACAGCUUUGACACCGCCUACGCCGGUGGCUGCGCGCUGCGAAUCGUGAACUAUGUGCGCGCCUUCCGGCUGUUCCUCACCGAGUUCCAGCUGCCCCAGGGCAUCCUGCUGCUGGGCUACGCCUACAAGAUAAGCGCCCCGGACCAGAGGCACGCGCUGGACGUGGUGCUGCGGCUCUGCCCGCCCCAGCAGCCCACGCAGGACGCGUACAUCUUCUGCGGCGACUACGGGGAGAACGUUAUCACGCAGGAUACCUGCUACAUUUCGCCGGUAGGUGGCGCGCUGCCGGCCAGCCUCCUGCACGAGCAGCUGCCCCUGGAGCGCGGCGCCCUGGGCGAGAACUGGCGUGUGCGCUACUAUCUAGCCAAAUUCGAUGGACCCGUGCAGCUGCAGGACAUCGGCGUGCUGGGCCGUCGACCGGACCAGUCCACUUCCGAGGCAUACAUCGGCGCCAUCUAUGUGCACGGCCUGCAGCCGGACGACUGGGAAAAGGCGCAGCCCAGCCACCAGAUCAAUAUUCCCCUGUACAGCCAACAGCUCUGGCGGCAGCACGAGAUAAUUGGAAACAGCGCUGCCUAAAAUAAACCAAGUUCAUUUUAUAGACAUGCAAA